UUUGGAAUGUUAAAACAUCUGGAAUCGCUAGACCUACGAUCUAAAUUUGAAAUUCAAUCCUUAGAAUGGAAUUGUUUCCUAAAAUCUGUAAGAGAACUCACCAAUCUAAAAACUUUAAAGUUGGAAUUCAUUAAGGUAGAAGGGGAAUUCAGUUUGAGCAACAGGGGAGAGACAACUGAUGACCAGUUUCUUAUGAGAAGCCUUGAAGCCAUAACUCUGUGUGAUGCACCGGAAACAAGGAAGGUCUCAAUUAGUGGACAGUUGUGUCCCACCCUUAAAUCUCUUAGGCUUUAUUCUAUGAAAGAUCUAAUUGAAAUGGAUUUAGCAGGGGUAAGCACACUGGAAUAUCUGGUGCUGUUCGGUUGUGAGAAGUUGAGAAAAGUAUCGGUCAAUAAUCUGCUGAAUCUCGAAAUGUUCCACAUAAAACAUUGUUGGGCAAUGACAGAGUCGCCAAAUUUUGGGCGUCUCAGUUGUCUCAAGAGGAUUUAUAUUAGCCGCUGUGGGAUCGUGAGGGAUAUAUCAGCUAUUGAAGGAUUGAAGGGAUUGAAGAGGAUCUGGAUUGCGUAUUGUCCAGAGCUGAAGAAUAUAAAAGCUGUUGAGCAAUUGAAGGGAUUGAAGAGAAUCUGGAUUGAUGGGUGUAAGCAGCUGGAGGGUGUAAUUUGUUUUAAAGAGUUGAAAGAGCUGAAGAGAAUUUUCAUUGGGCACUGUGCUAGGCUGCAAAACAUAGAAGGUAUUGAGUUUUUAGUACGCCUGGAGAGCAUUAUCAUUGCUGCAUGUCCGAAGCUGCAGAAUAUAAAGGGUAUUGAAGAAUUGAACGGACUCAAGGAGAUGAUUAUUUCAGACACUUCUACAAUAAGUUGCGUUGAAAGAUUGCAGAGGUUGCCGUUGGAGCUUACAAUUCUGGUGGGAAGACCAGCCAUGUCAGAAGAGGAUCAAGAUAUAGAGUCAGUUUUUAAGAUAAAUAGAAUUGGCAAAUAUAAAAUUGGCAAAAAUGAAAUUGGCAAUGCAUUGUCUAUGGCGGAUGGUUUCUGUGAUACAGGGGAUGAGCGUUGGUGGCUGAGUAGGAAAGAAAUAGAGGAGAUGAUUCAUUCGUUUCAUAAUAAAUCCCAAAAUUCGCUCAGUAAAUUCAUCUUUUGCGACAUUUGUAAUGGGACCAGCAUUAUGCUUGAGGGGGAGCCUUCGUUGAGAGUUAUAGAUCUCUGCGGUGAUGGUGAAGAGUGGAUAUACACGUGCGUUGUUAAUGAAGAAAGGCUCUCAAAAUAUGACUACUGGAUGCCAUUACCUUGUGAUGCGGGAUAUGGUCAUAUAGAGAAGGCAGUUUUAAUGGGAGUGAAGAAAGGCGAGGAAUUGAAAACCCUCCACAUAUUGCAAACCUUAUUUGCUCAACUACGCCUUGGCGAAUAUCAGGAAACAACUCUCCAAAUCUAUGAUAACAUUUGCUGGCACAGGGGUUCCAAAAUUGAGUAUGAUGAUGUGAAUGAGUAUUUUGACGAGGUUGAAGAAUAUGAUAGUGAUGAUGAUGAUCAUAAUGAAGAUGUAAGUUAGUUUUAAUUGAAAAAAAAAAACUGUCUUGAGAGUAAAACAUUUUUUUUUAAAUGUGAGGGAUUAAAUGCGUAUUUCAAAAGAUCAUUAUUAAUAUAUUUAAUUAUGAUAGUUAUUAUUUCAA